AUAAUUACUGCAAGCCAAAGAUGAAUACUCCCGAGAUAGUAGAAGGCUAGACUUUUCUUCAGUCCCAGCAGUGGGGUUCUUGGGACUUUGUGGCCUUGCUACAUCCUUUUAUUUCUAUGUCUCAAAUUGGUCGCUGGAGGAAUUCUCAAUCACCAAGGAAAAGACUCGCAAGCUUUCGUCAACAUGGCCAAAGAACUCGAAGAUGGAGACAAAAUUGUCCCAACAAUCCAGGGAAUUUCUUCGGAAGCAACACCAGACAGCUUGAAUAGCAAUGAAGCGGCGGAUCGAAUUGCAUUCCUUUCUUCAUUCAGCCCAGAAGAAGACAAAGCUAUCAGGCGAAAAGUCGACUUCCGAUUUUUGUGGUUGAUUGGACUCAUGUAUAUCAUCAAGAAUAUCGAUUACACUAAUGCCGCCAGUGUCAAAGUACUUCAAGUUGGCCAACCAACCAACAUCCUGAAACAGCUUCAUAUGACCGCCGAUCAGUACAAUUGGGUUCAGUCAAUUUACUUCAUAAGUUACAUCGUUUUCGAAGUUCCAAGCAACCUCCUCCUGAAGAGAGCUACUCCACGCAACUGGCAGUUCCGCAUCAUCUUCUCUUGGGGCGUUGUACUAGCUUGUCAUGCUGCAGUGAAAUCCAAAGAGGGACUCUACACUGCACGGUUCUUUCUUGGGAUGAUGGAAGCUGGCAUGUUCCCAGGAAUUGCGGCACAGCUUUGUAGUUGGUAUAGGUCGGAUGAAAUGGGAAAGCCUAUAAUGUGGAUGUUCGGUUUCCAAAACUGUUCUGGAAUUGUUGGUUCACUGCUAGCAUACGGAAUCUCGUAUCUGGACAAGAAAGGUGGUCUCAGUGCCUGGCAAUGGGUCUACCUCCUCGAGGGGAUUAUCACCAUCCUCUUCUCAUUCGUUGUUUUCUUCGUUCUACCCGAUUAUCCUAAAUCACCACGUUCAAACAAAUGGCUCACGCCCCGAGAACAAGAAUACCUCGAAUUGCGCCUUUCUGAGAAUGCGCCUAAGACAGCGGACUCAGCUUUCAAAAUAUCCGAAAUUUUGGCUUCGCUGAAAAAUCCGAGGACGUACGCAUUCAUGCUCUCUCAGAUCCUCAUCAAUCUUGGAGGUUAUGGGUUAAGUUGGCAGCUCCCUACCGUAGCGACGGAUCUGGGCUUCGCUGGUCUUCCUCGAAACCAGCUUUUGAAUAUCCCACCGGCAGCAGCAUCAGUGCUAGCCAUCAUUUUUGCAGGCUGGUUUCUUCGUGGUGCAUAUCUCACCCGCCCAGCUUUCAUUAUGAUAAUCUGUGCUGGUGCUCUGGCAUUCUUUAUCGUCCUGGCUGCUACCACAAAUAAAUAUGCUGUGUACAUUGCUUGUGUCUUUGGAACCAUGUUCUAUUCUGUGUACUUCAUUCCCUUCUGGGCUUGGAGAUCUGGGACCUUGGUUGGUACAACUGGGACCGCUUUCACACUUGCCUUUCAAUCCUGUGUUGGUCAGGUAGGAGGUGUGGUCGGACCACAACUCUUUCAGUCGAAGUAUGCGUACAAUGGGUAUAAAGUCCCAUUCGCUAUUUGUGCGACGGCUAUUGGUUGUGGAUGGCUAGCAAGUGCGUGGACUUGGUGGUUGACGAGAAAUGUGGAGUGUGAUGUCAGGAGAAUUCGGCGAUUGAGGAUUAAGGCUCAGAGAGAUGGGAAGAUGUUUGCCGAAGACGAUGUGAGGGUGUUUCAAGAGAGAGAUUUCUAUAAUGGAUUGGUGAAGAAGGAAGAUGGGGUCGUUGAAGUGUAG